AUGCACUCAAUACUACCCCAAACACCGUCCUACCCGCGCACACCCUCACCCCAUGACUUUUACCCCCACACAUCGUCCCCACUCUCCGCGUCUCCAGGAUCGUCACCCACAUCCGCCGUUCAGGCGCGUAAGAGUGGCCAAUUCACUCCCGCAUUCAAUAAUUCAAAGAGAGCCUCGUCAUCGUCAUCGCGCGUUCAACUUUCGUCCAAUGCUUCGCGGUAUGCCCAGCCUUCAGAGAGCCGACGGAGGGCCAGCGCGGCAUACUCUUCGAAGAAGGGUAAGGAGCCCCUAGGCAUGCUCUUCGGUGAGGAGUUGGGAGCGAAGAGAGAGGAUGGAAAUAGCUUGUUGAGGGAUAAGUUUAAGAAGCGAUGUGUGGAGAGGGCCAUCAAGGCCAGAGAGGCGAAGGUCCAUAAGGGGAGGAAAUGGGAGAGCUCAUCGGAGCCAGAUAUUGAUGGCGACGUGGGUAUGGAUGAAGAUGAGGACGAAUUGGAGGAUGCGGAUGAAGCCUUGAAUGACGAGCUCUUCAGGCGCAUCAUGGCUAACACAAACCACAAGAGGCAGCAUACCUACCGUGUAUCCUUCCAAGACGACGUCGGCUCUUCCUGGGAUCCAGACAUGGAGAACUGGGAACAAGAACUACAAGAAGCUCCUCAAUCUGCUGUUGCUUCCUACGCGCCGUCGACCUACGCUGAGCCAGAUCUCGAAGCCUUCGAAGAUGAAGAUGCUGAGGCGCUGGCUGCAUACGCUGAGGAGUGUGCGCAGUGGGAGGAGCUCGAGCACUGUGCGGAAGACAUAUUUAGCCUCAGCGAUUUGGAGAGCGAGCAAGGCGAUGAGACGACUGCGAAUGUGGAUGAGGCUAUGGACAUGAGCUGAGCUUCUCUGCUCAGACAUUCCUGUUCAUAUUCCUUGGUCGUAUGGAUACGCUUUCUUGGUCGAUUCAGGCGACAACGAACGUGGGUCGCUCUAAAAGAACGUGUGUACUUUAUACUUGUCUAUGUUUCCUCAUUUUUUAUCUAUUAUCGUUGCUCGUUGCUGCAUUCAUCGUCUCUUUUUGUCCGGUCUCUUAUUCAACACGAUACAUCCUAAUCACGCUGCACUUCCAUUAUUACACCGCUUCGUUUUGCUGGACCCUCUACUCUGUACAUCUUACAC